AUGGCCGCCUCCAUGAAGACGUUUUGGACAGGGGCAGCGGCGGCGGCAGCCAGAGUGGGAGCUGAGACGCUUCUGGUCACACAGAAAAUCAGCACCAUUGGGGCUUUGUCUUGUAACCCAUCUCUGGGUGGGGUGGGGAAAGGCCAUCUUGUGAAGGAGAUCGAUGCUCUCGAUGGGCUCUGUGGUCGAGCAGGAGACUGGGCUGGGAUCCAUUUCUCCAUCCUGAAUCGGAAAAAAGGUCCUGCUGUGUGGGGUCCACGGGCUCAGCUGGACCGCCAGUACUACCGUGAAAAAAUUCAGUCAGAGCUGCUGUCCACUCCGAGGUUGACCGUACGCGAAGGGUCAGUGGAGGAACUGCUGGUCGCAGAACCUGACCCAGAUGUGCCGGGUCGUCACAGAAUUACAGGAAUACGACUGGCACAUGAAGCCCAGCCCAUUACAGCGAGUUCGGUAAUUCUUACCACUGGUACUUUUUUGUCUGGUGCCCUUUUUGUGGGCCAAACUACGUCCCCUGGAGGUCGAAUUGGAGAUGCCCCAUCUAGUGCCGGUCUGUCCUAUACUUUGAAGGAGAGGCUAGGACUAAGGGUGGGCAGACUGAGAACUGGCACUCCUCCCAGGAUCGUCAAGGAUUCAAUAGAUUUUAGCCAGGCGAAACUUCAUCCUCCUGACGCUCAUCCGACGCCGUUCAGCUUCCUCAACAAGCACGUACGCUGCAAGCCUGAGGAGCAGCUGCCUUGUCACCUGACCUACACAACUCCCGGAGUGGAGAGAGUGGUGAGGGAGAGUCUUCACCUCAACUGUCACAUACGGACCAACGUCCUGUCCCCCAGAUACUGCCCGUCCAUUGAGUCCCGAGUGAUUCGCUUUCAAGGCAGGACUCAUCGGGUUUGGCUGGAGCCUGAAGGCUUGGACUCUGACCUGAUGUACCCGCAGGGUCUUUCCAUGACCAUGCCUCCCGACGUGCAGCUCCGCCUCAUAAGAGAAAUCCCGGCUUUGCACAGAGCUGAGAUCCGCACCCCUGGUUAUGGGGUGCAGUACGACUUCGUGUGUCCUACUCAGCUGAGCCCCGCCCUGCAUGUAAAGAGCACUCAAGGUCUUUUUCUGGCCGGCCAAAUAAAUGGAACCACAGGCUACGAGGAGGCCGCUGCACAGGGUCUGUGGGCCGGGGUGAACGCCGCCCGCUGGGCGCUCUCCUUACCUCCCGUGGCCUUGUCUCGCACAGAGAGUUACAUCGGCGUUCUCAUUGACGAUCUGGUGAGUCGAGGUGUGACCGAACCGUACCGCAUGUUUACCAGCCGAGCCGAGUUCAGGACGUCCCUGAGGCCGGACAACGCUGACCUCCGUCUUUCCCUUAAAGGCUUCAAGGAGUUCGGUUGUGUGUCAUGCGUACGUUACCAUGAGGCCAUGAGAGUCAGGGACGCUCUGCAGGACGCUCUGGCAGCUCUAGGAGACAUCAGUCUGUCCACCUAUAAGUGGAGACAAAAGCUGCCCGACACCAAGAUAAGUGAGAACAAGAACACUGUGUGCAGCGGGCUGGACAUUCUGCAGUACAACGACAUGUCAUUUGAGAACUUAGCGUCCAUCUUCCCAGAGUGCCUUUCACCUUACACAGAAUUCUCCCAGAGACUCAAGAUAGAGGCUGUGUACAAACCCCACUGUGACUUGCAGAAGAGAGAGAUUGAGAGAAUUCAGGAAGAGGAGAACACAUCUCUUCCACCGGACAUGGACUAUCUCUCUCUACCCGUGUCUCUGUCUCAGGAGGUCAGAGAGAUUUUGGACAGAGUUCGACCCAGCACUCUGGGUUCUGCUCUGCGUUUACAAGGCAUGACUCCUGCCGCGGUUGUUGUCACCCUGCUGACCUACGCCCCCCACAGGGGACAAAAAGAGGGAGGCCGCAGAAACAAGCUGGGACCGAAAGAUCAGGGAGAAGAGGAGGUUGUGAGAAAUGCGCCUUUAACUCAGUGAACUGCGGAUUUGUACAAUGUCUUGUAUAAAGGAAUUCAUUCAAAGACACACACAUAUAUAAAUAUACAAAAACUACCAGGGGGCUGUAUUGUAUUUAAAAUGUGAUUUUUCUUUUUCUUCUCUUAUCUUUAAAUAAAAGUCUUAAAGGUUUUAUUUGUA